AUAAACUCUCCAUAACAGUGUUUCUUCAAUCCAAGUUGUAUCAACCUCGUGUCUAACAAAAAAAAACAAUUAAAAAAAUUAACUAAAAUUAUUCAACAAUGGUUUGUGCUUGUACUGCAGUGAUUGUUGCAAUUCUUUAUGUAUUAUUCGACGUUAAUUAUUUUCUAAGAAUUGCAUUUACAAUUUUAUGGGGUCGUUUAUUCCAAAAGAAGAUAAAAAUUUUUGAUAAAACAACAAUUUACGGUUUUUGUACAACUCAAGAUGUUGAUAUAUUUUUGAAACACAUGAAUAAUGCAAGAUACCUGAGAGAGCUUGAUUUUGCAAGAUUUCAUUACUAUGACAGAAGUGGAAUUUACGAUGAAAUAAGUAAAUUAGGUGGUGGUGCUGUUCAAGGUGCAUCAUCAACAAGAUAUCGUCGUGCAUUGGGAAUAUUAAAUCCUUACAAAGUAACAACUCAGUUAAUUUACUGGGAUGAUAAAAAUUUUUAUCUUGAGCAUGAAUUUAUAACUUUAAGUGAUAAUUUCAUUCGUGCUGUUGUGUUGAGUAAACAAAGUGUAACUGGUCUCAAAGUACCGGUAUCUGAUAUCAUUGCCAAGGUUGAACCCGGUGCAAAACGACCAGAACUCACCAAGGAACUUAGCCUUUGGCUGGACUCAAUGGAAGAAUCAUCGAAAAAAUUAAAAAAACAAAAAUAAUAUACAUGUCUACUUAAAAAAUAACAAAAAAAUAAUGUUAAUAUUAUUUAAAUUUUAUACAAAAUGUAUUUAUUUUAUUGUUAAUAUUUAUCAUUAAAUAUUUAAAUGAUAUUUUUUCUGUAAAUUUAUACAUAAUGACUCGUGAAAUUUACUGUUAAAUUUUAAUUCAUUUUUUAUUUCUUCUUUCUGAUUAAAAUGAUAAUUAUAAUCAAUGUUUUUUUAAUUAAAAAAAAAUUUCUAUUAUUAUUAUU